GAAAGCAGAUGGCGUUAAUUCCAUCAUAAUGCUAUCACUGCACGCGUUUCGACAGAUGCGUAUGUGUAGUUCUAGAGGGAAUCUGUAUUUAGCUACCACACUAUCUUUGUCUUCUCCACCUACCAUCCAGUAGUUCUGUCCGUCACGUGUACUGAAAACGACAAAGAUAUCGCUUUAAUUUGAUGGCAAAGGAUAUAUUUGCCAGGCGUCGCCGGAGACGACUAGAUGAUCGCGACUACACUGCUGUCAUGUACAAUGCCAUAGCGGAGGACAAACCUGACACGCUAACUCGUCUACUUGAUGAAGGUGCCGACGUCAAUCACGUGUUUUUUCACGGUAUGAUUUUUAUCAGUUCCAAGCCUGCACUGACUCUUUGCUGUGAGAAGGGUCGAGAGACUUGUGCCAGGAUAUUGAUAAACCGCGGUGCCGCGGUAAAGCAUCCGGAUAAAUGGGGACUCACCCCGCUCAUGUACUGUAUGACACUUCAGUAUCACAACAUCGCUGAACUCCUGCUGCAACGAGAUCCGAGCGUUGUAAGAUGUCAGGAUCACAAAGGAAGAACCGCGUUACAUUUUGCCAUUGAAUCCGGGAAUGUAAAACUAGUAGAAUUGUUGAUAUCUUACGGAGCAGAUGCGAAUGUUCAGGAAAGAUUCGGAUUAACACCUCUAAUGAUGUUAUGUUCAUCAGAGUAUGAACAUGAAGACAUGCUGCUGGAUAGUCUGUUGAACGCCUCAGCAGAUGUCCAUAAAAAGUCGUUUCGUGGAAGCAGAACAGCAUUACAGUAUGCUGCCGUUGGAAAGCGUUCCACCCUUGUCAGAAGACUUUUGAAUGUAGGAUCAGAUCCUAACACCGUGGACGUGUACGGGAGAACCCCACUAACCAACUUGAUAUGGGGACAAGUCAGCGCUAAAGAGCAAGUCGACUCCGAAACAAUGUCUAUCAUACAAAUUCUUUUAUUGGCUGGGGCGGACUUGAACCUUGACCUUACAGACAAUUGCAAUCCAGUGUUCAUUGCAUCCCAAUGCGCAUGUCCGGUUUUAGUGCAAUACUUCCUGGAAAAGGGAUGUCGACCAGGAAAAACAUCGUUGCACAUGGCUGUAUCGAAAGGUGAUAUCUCUUCUGUGAUGGUGCUACUAAACUGGGGUUGUGACGUACACAAUGAGGAAAAGCUAAGGCCGUCGGGACUACCAACUAACCCCAUGAAACUUGCUAUAGAAUUUGGACAAUGGACCAUACUUUACAUGCUUGUCACAGCUGGUUGUGAUCUGUACAAACUCAAGUGUUUAAGGGAAGGUGAUAUACCACCAUCUUUGCUCCACAAUUUAGAUAUCCUGGCCCAUCUCACUUAUCUUAUCAGUAUGCCAAAGACUCUUUUCCAUAUCUCAACGCUUGCGAUUUGGAAAUCACUGAAGUGUAACAUUGACAUGAAAAUCACCCAGUUGCCUUUACCUUUGCGACUUCAGGCAUUGAUAUCUACAGACACAUUUCUACACUACACAGAAUCUCUUUGUACAUCUUGAUGCCAGAUAAAGUAUUUUGUCUUUUAGACAUGAUGAAGUUAUCUUACCUGGUUGUCGUUAAAUGCAUCGCUACAUUAUGUAGCGAUCAUAUCAUGAUAUGAUAAUGCGUACUACACGUUUCCAUUGUUAUUCAAAUCGGCAGUUCCGCUCUUUGUAUCAUACGUGUGGAAUCAUAUAUUAACGUGAGAUAAUGAAAAUAAUGUAAUGGAUGACUUGGGCAGUAUGUUUCAGUGUGAUGGCACUAUAAAGUAGGCGGCCCCAAUUCUCAAUUAUGACAAGGUAGUUUACAUUAACAUAACGCAGUCUCCUGAAAACACACGCGCUCGACACAAACAAAUAUCACGCUUACACCUGGAGGACAUCAAUAAAUGGCCACAGUUGUUUUAAGGACACUCAUAUACACUUUAUAGAAUAAAAACAAGCGAAUGAUAUCUACUCGCCUGCCUUAUUGAUAUAUCUGUAAAAUUUGAGGGAUAAAAUAAAUCUCUUUUGUUCCAUUUUGAUGCAUAAGAUGUACCAAUCAAGUCCCGUCAAUGUCAACAUUACAGAAACGUCUUUUCGGAAGAGCUCUGGAUCAUACAUUACGUAUAGUAGGCCAGUAAAUAAAACAUCUCCAAUGUGUUCGUAUUUAAUGGUUCAUCCUCAAACGUCUCCGUUACUGUGAAACUUGUCAAAUUCUGACAUAUUUUCAUUUGAUAUAAACAUUUUCUCAUCAUAUUUCUCUGCAUCCAACUAAACCUGAUUGUGCAGAUCAUGGAUUUUUUCUAUUGUUCAAAAGUUUAAUCGUAAUGCUUCAUAAUUAUUCUUAUUUUCAAAUGUACCUUUUUUUCUUCGUUUCAUAUUUGGAACCUUUCUCAUAGAACUUAAUACAACGGAGGAGAUGUUAACAUAAUCUUAAUUCAAACUUAGAUGAAUCUAGGACAGAAUAAGAACAAAGGAAAGGAUUACAUGGAUAUUCAAGUAGAAAAAAUACCAGGAGAUUAAGAUCCGAUGUCCCGGAAGAGUAAGCGUCCUCUGCUUAAUCGACGACACCCGCCAUGGUCAAUUCAAGUAAAAGUAAUAUCACAUUCUCAAAUUGGAACAAGGUCAACGAAACCCCCGGGCAUACAAAGUUAGAAAUGAGUACCAUAAUGCAUGUUUUUGAAGUUAAAAACCAGAACAUUAAGAUAUAUCAAAAUUGAAAACUCGUUGAUGAAGAUCUGUUGUAAGUUAACACUGUUACGUCAAGUGGGAAAGCACAUAAUACAAACAAUUCUAUCGAUAUUCAUUGUAUUUUGUUAGGCCUGUACUAUAUAUGUCUAAUUUGUAUACUUAUAUAUGAGGAAACAUAAUUGUAUGAACCUCAUUAAAUGCUCAAAGAAAUGUAUUAAGGACAUUUUAUCGAAUGCUUUAUUUCCUUACACACGUGAAAACAAUGUUUGCCUGUAAGAUUCGUUUUUAAAUAAAACAUAUACAAAGUAAUAUGGUAAUAUUG